AUGAUAUUUUUACUAAUAGGAGGUGGUGAUAAUAGAGGUGGUGAUAGAGGUGGUGGUAGAGGUAGUGGAGGUAGUAGAGGUAGUGGAGGUGGUGGAGGUGGUAGAGGUGGUGGAGGUGGUGGAGGUGGUGGAGGUAGUGGAGGUGGUGGAGGUGGUGAUAGAGGUGGUGAUAGAGGUGGUGAUAGAGGUGGUGAUAGAGGUGGUGAUAGAGGUGGUGAUAGAGGUAGUGGAGGUAGUGGAGGUAGUGGAGGUAGUGGAGGUAGUGGAGGUAGUGGAGGUGGUGGAGGUGGUGGAGGUGGUGAUAGAGGUGGUGAUAGAGGUGGUGAUAGAGGUAGUAAAGAAGAUUAA